AUGUCUGUGUCCAGAGAAUUUCGGGGCAUAGACCCGCCUGCUGGUGUCAAGCUCCCAACGACUGCCGAGAUCAUCGCCGUUUGCACAAAACGAGGGCGUCGAACUCUUAGGGGUCUUGCCUAUCCGUCCGAUGAUAGGCCCGUGUGUUGGAUCAAGUAUGGCAAUGGAGUUACGUGGAAUGAAGUUCAUGCUCUAGCCCUGGCUCGGCAAGAGCUCCUGCGACUACGGUCUCCUGUUGCUGUUCCAGCGGUUUACCACGCCUUUGAGGCCGACUAUGUCACCUAUAUUGUUAUGGAGUAUAUUCAUGGUAGGACUGGAACCCAGAUACUCGAGUCCACUUCUGUCCCAGCGGAGAGAGAGGCGGUAUACCGACACAUGGCUGCGGGCGUACAGGAGUUGCUGCGCAUUCCCAUUCCCCCAAAGGCUCCCCCGUCUGCCUUUGAUAAUGGAGUUUUUAGUCAUAUCAUGUUCCUGGAUCUGGAGGCCCCUCGGCGCUACCAAAACACUGAUCAGCUCGAGCAGCAUCUCAAUGUGUUUUUGGAAAAAGCAAGAUCUAAACUGCGAUUGAAAGGGCUCUCUAACGAACCCAUGGUCUUCUGCUUUUCGGAUAUCCAUCCUGGAAACUUCAUUAUCAGCGACGACGGACGUGUCACCAUUAUUGACUUCUCUGAAACAAGCAUACUCCCGUGCAGCUUCGCUAAAUAUGCGAUAAUCAGCUCGUGGCACAAUCCCGAGUACAACAUUGCGCCCUGGAUAGAUAUACCAGGCGACGAGGGAGUUGAAAACACAUACGCACUCUUUGAGGCCAGCCGCAAGUUGGCGCCCGAAUACCCGGCGCUAAACCUCGACCCGUCAUUAUUCUACAUGCCUGGAGUGCGCGUGGACCGGGAACAGUUUCCUUUGCCAGACCCUGUUUCUGAAUAUUCCCAAUGA